AUGCCGCAGAUAAAAACGUUCUGCCGUAUAAAGCCUACUCCAGAUUACUAUCCUGAGUUUGAGGUUAGCCAGGAAACACUUUAUCUACGUGUUCCUGAAGUAUUGCGGGAUUUUUCGUCAAGUGGAAAGUCGCGAGGUGCUGUAAUCAGUCAUGAAUUUAAGUUUAAUUACAUUUUUAACAAUACUGCUACACAGGAUGAGGUGUUUGAUGUGGCAGCAAAAGAGAUUGUGGAGGGUUUCUUAAAUGGCUACAAUGGGACGAUAUUUGCAUACGGCCAGACAGGAACGGGUAAAACUUUUACUGUGGAAGGUGGGGCCAAGUCUUACGCUCAGAGAGGACUUCAACCAAGGGCACUCUCCAUGAUAUACAAGGAGCUUGAGAAGAGACAAGAUGAGGAGAUCAGUGUGCAUAUAUCCUAUCUGGAAAUCUACAAAGAGAUUGGAUACGAUCUUCUCAACCCUGGUGCCAGGACCCAGUCUGUUGUAACACCCUUCCCAAAGGUAAAUGUGCUUGAAGGCGCUAGCGGUGUAUGGGUGGUACGUAACUUGUCAGUACAUUAUGCAGCCAGCGAGGAUGUGGCUCAAAACUUAUUAUUACAAGGCCAAGCCAAUCGACGUGUUGCUGCAACAACUGUUCAUGACAGAUCCUCUCGUUCUCACGCCGUGUUCACCGUCCAACUGUCUGCCAAACAACCCAACUCAGACGUCAUCAUUAAAUCAAAGUUACAUUUGGUUGAUUUAGCUGGAUCUGAAAGAGUCUCCAAGACUGGAGUUGAAGGUCAUCUACUAGAUGAGGCUCGGUCUAUCAAUUUGUCCCUCCACUUUCUGGAAACUGUGAUUAUUUCCCUCCAGGGCGAGUCAUCCUCGGGUAACAAGCGAGUAGGAAGUGCAGGCUUGUCACGGAGUCAAUCAUUUAGAAACAGUCGUCAUGGCACCCGACCAGGCUCUGCAGACUUGUCCACCCCAAAACAUGUUCCGUACAGAAACUCACUCCUUACAAUGGUCCUUAGGGACAGUCUGGGUGGGAACUGUCUCACUGCUAUGAUAGCAACUACUUCACUGGAGAUCGAGAAUAUUGGAGAGUCUAUAUCUACUUGUAGAUUUGCAGGUCGAGUGGCCUGUAUUGCUAACAGUGUCUCGAGAAACGAGGAAGUUGAUGAAAAAACUUUGAUUAAGAAGUUAAGAAAGAGAGUUGCAGAACUUGAAACUGAAUUAUCCUGCAUGAGAGCUGCUAGGACUGGAGCAAGUUUCAGUAUUGAGGAAAUGAAUGCCAAACUGACCGAUGAGGAUAAAAUUUUAUGUGGACAAGUUGUAUCCAGAUAUCUUGGGGGUCAGCUGAAUGAUCCAGUGACUGCAGGUAUAACAAGUCCGUACAAAUUCCGAGAGUGUCUGAAAAUUCUAAAGCGUGUUAUCACUGAAGGUGAUCACAAUAUGCUGGAUCACAACUAUCCACAAAUUACGGGUGUGCCAGAUGGUUACCAUAGCGCAGACGAAGUUGUUAGUCGCCAGCGGAAGGAGAAAGUAUCACAUCAACCGCCAGUAAAACGAAACACAGGACCAGAAAAACUAGAGAGGGAAAAAACUGUUGACUUCCCUAUCACAAACGCUUGGGAGAGCCAGAUGGAGAAAUCAGAACCAAAGCCACGACCUCAGCAACGCUUCAGACAACACCCUCCACGUAAUGUCACCAACACUAACGGUACCAAACAUCCCAGCAUCACUGUUGUUGAUGAUCUAGCUCAAACUGACACAGAGGACCCCAAGGAAGUGUAUCAGGAACAGAGAGUAAAACCAGAACGAACAUUGUCACAGAUGUUAGUUACCAAAUCAAGACGGGGCAAAUACCAAUCUCCAUUUGAGCAGAAACGUGUGAAGGAAAUAAAAAAAUUGAAUAAUAAGGUGGAGACGUUGCAACAGACACAGCUGGAGAAGGAGGGUGAGCUCGUGGAAAUGAAAAUAGGUCUGGCGGAGCAGGAACUCAACAUUGUAGAGGAACAAAUCAGGAACAAACUUAAUGUUACCAAGGAACAGGUUGAUGACCAACAUGCAUAUAUUUCUCAACUUGAAACAACAGAGGCAGACCCUAACCUUAUAGAACGAGAGAAACUAGUGGAAAAGCAGCUUCGUAGACGACAAUCAAAGUUUGAUAAGAAACUGGAGGUUCUGGAGGAAAAGCGACAACAAUUACAGAAACACUCGGAGGAGUUUCACCAGGAACUGGAGAGUGUAGAAAAACCCACAAUGAAGGAACAGUAUGGAAAAUAUCGCAACCGUGAUGGUAGUCUUAACACACGGCAGGUGUUUGAAAUGCUGAAAACCCAGGAAAAGAAACAAGAAAAGGUACACACGGAGAUUGAUCAGGAGAAGGCCUGGAUUUACAAUAAACAUCUAGAAAUGAGGGAAGCUGCAACACGAGAAAAGUUGAAACAAUUUAAGGAAAUGCUACGAAUGUCUCGCACUGCUGAUGCAAAAGGAUAUGCAAGUGAGGAUGAAGGGCAUCGUGGGGCUCUGACAGCUCCAGGGCAUCUUGCCACUAAUGGGGUAUAUAAUGUACCUCAGUCCAAGGACAAAGAACGAAUCAAAACUUCUGAGAGGAGUCCAGGGACUCAACAAACAACUCGCACUCAGCACACAGCCCCAUCAGAACCACCAGGCACACGUCAAACUACAAGGACCCACUUUACCACAGUACCAUAUAACGAUAUUCCGCAGACACGUCAAACGGUGCGGACAGAGUAUACUGAGAGUUUGGUAAAUGACAAUGUGCCCAGUACCAGCCAAACAAAUCGGACAACAGCAAGUAAUUUAGAUGGACGGCCUGGCUCAAGUAAGAGCAUGAGGUCCAUACCGGAUUCAGAUUUCUAUGCAGAAAAGAAACGAGAUAAAGAUCCGACAUCACGUUGGGAGUCUUCCUACUCUCGACCAAGCACAGCACAGAGUGUGAGAUUUGAUCUUGGAAAUGGACAAACAGUGCUUCCAAAUGGCAUCCCUAUAGAUAAUAAUGCAUGGAUGACAGAAAAUGGUGUUGGAAUGACAGAUGAUUUCAAGUCAAAUUCACGGAAGUCUGAACGUAAACAAACUGCAUAUGAAUCAGAACCUGAAAUGGUGAAUGGUUAUGAAUCAGAUCUGAGGGAUACUGUUAUGCCAAGUGAAUAUGUGUAUGGCAUGGGAGCUGGGGAUAAAUUUGAUGGACGGAAAAUGGGUUUGUCGUCACAGACAUUUGAUGCAGCUCUGGCUAAUAUGCUAGAACGUGAGAACCAGAAUGUGUAUUAUGACUAUGAUGAUUAUGAUCAAUAUGCACGGACAGGAGGAAAUCCCAAGACUAAUUCCCGUAAACCUCGAGUGCAAAGUCCCUAUUACACUGCUCCCUACCCUCUCAAUGGUUCAGGCAAACAGCCCAGGGAUGUCCGACAAGGCCGAAGCCCCAUACGAAAAAGUCGGAGUCCAGACAGGAGGGGCAUGAGUCAGGAAAGGGGGCGGAGCCAAGGCAGUGGAAGUAGGAGCCGAGACCGGACAGGUCAAAGUCGAGAGAGAGCUGGAGGAAGUCGAGAACGCCAGGCAAACUGGUCAGAUGAGGAGGCAGUAUUAGAGUCCUUGAUGCGUGCACACCAACAGGAAAGUCGUGGACGUAGUCAUAAUCGCAACAGGUCAAGAGAAAGGCCUGAGGUCAGAUAUAGCCAGGAGGAUAGUGAUGGGGAUAUAUGGCCUAACAGUCGUAACACAAAGGCCUGGGGACCAGAGGCAAGGCAAGCUUCAAUCCAUGCCAAACUAGGGAUGCAGACACCAGAAAAGAAGCAGAGACGAAAACCAAGGAAACGAGCCAAAGCUAAGCGCACUCUUGACGAGAACUUGGCAGUGUACGAUCAGAAUAAUCUCCCUGGAGGAAGGAAAGGUCAGCUCGUAUGGGAGGAGACACCAGUAACCUCACAAGUAACAGCACUACCUGAGGAAAAGGCAGAAGAUGUGUUCAUGUCAAAGGUACAACAGCAGAAAGACAGGGUCAAUAAGAUACGGAAGGCUCGCGCCUCCGCGGAGAUCAUCCAACGCAGCUGGAGAAAAUUUGCUGCCAAGAAAAAAGUGCAAAAAAUGAGAAUGGAAGCUAAGAAAUGAAAAAAAUAUAUAUUGA